GAGGUUCCAGAGCAACUGAUGUCUGAUGUCUGGAGAUGCCUCUGCUAUUCUGAGGUUAUGUCGGCUGGUGUUCGACUAUAUGCGGCAUGUGGUGACAACAAAAUUCCAACGUAUCGACCUUCCAAGGCUACAGGGGAAACUCGUGGAUUUUGAGGUUAUGGCCUACAACGUCGUGCCUGUGUUUAUAACAGGUAAUUAAAUUACUACAAGGACAUUGAUUAUUGACAAUAAUGGUGUUACAAUCACCUCGAUGAUGUGAGCACUGUGAUUAGUGCUAUUUUGUUGUUCAUGAAGAGGAAUUUAAUAACCAAACGUGAAAGUGACUCAACCAAUAAUUAUUUCACUGUUGUUUUGUGAAUUGAAAAAUCGGUCUCCUCGAUUAUUGUGAAUAUUUUGACAGAAAUUUAUAGUUUAAUCUAGAACAGUUCCAUUAAUUAUUAACAAAAAAGUGUCUGAAUGAAAAUUCAACGGAAAGUUCAUCAGAUCUGAACUGAUAAAUAAAAAGUGAAGAAAAUGAGUGAUAAAAGUAGUGAUUCCGAAGACUUGAUGGCAAGUGCCACAGAAAAAAGUGUCCCCGGUGUAUCACAAGACGUAAAACCUCUGGAAAAGCCCCAGAAAUCAGAGCUUAAGCCCUCGGAGGGUGACGUCGAGGAGUUUGAUACCGACGAGGAAGAAGAGUCGAACCCCCCAGCCUCGAAAUCGGGGGUUGAUCCUUCUUCUAGUGACUACUCCCAGUACUUGACCUACGAAGGGGAUUUGUGCAUUUAUACAGAGCCAGGAACGGGGAGGAAAUUAAUCUGGGACAAGGAAAAGAAUUCCUGGGUCCCCAGGGAGGCUGAGGGGGCGGAGAACCCCAUGCAGAAUUACGAAUUCGAUGGGAAAAAUUAUGUUUACACUGACAAAACGUCCAAUGUCACUUAUAAAUUCGAUCAAGACAAGAAAGAGUGGGUUGCCAAGGAGAAGGAGGGAGCUGGACCGGAGACCGCUACUCCUGGGGGUGUCUAUGGAUUUGAGGACGAUACUCACACCUAUACUGACCCCAGUGAUGGGUCAGUCUACAUGUGGGAUCGAGAGAAGAAUGCCUGGUUCCCAAAGAUCGAUGAUGAUUUCAUGGCUAGGUACCAGAUGAGCUACGGUUUCACCGAUCCAAACGCUCAUCCUCCCUCUCUCCCGGUGGCGAAACCCGAUGAGAAAUCGAAAAAAGAAGCUGAAAAGGAAUUGAAAAAGAUCGAAGCCAAGAGAAAAGCCGCUGAACCACCGACUUGGUUCGAGGUGGACGAGGCGCACAAUACGGCAAUCUACAUAUCUGGGUUACCGCUCGAUAUUACGAUGGAUGAACUGAUUGAACUCGUUGGUAAAUGUGGUCUUGUUGCCAGAGACGACAAGAAUAAGGAUAAAAUUAAAAUGUACCGGGAUGCCGAGGGUAAUCCAAAGGGAGAUGCAUUGUGCACGUACAUCAAGGUCGAGUCGGUAGAUCUGGCGUUGAAGGUCCUCGAUGGAUCUCAGAUGCGGGGCAAGACCAUCUCCAUCCAGCGGGCGAAAUUUCAGAUGAAGGGACAAUACGAUCCGACGCUGAAACCCAAGCGCAAGAAGAAGGACAAGGACAGGCAGAAAAAAAUUCAGGACAAGUUGUUCGACUGGAGACCGGAUCGUUUGCCCGGUGAGCCAAUGAAGUGUGAGCGCGUUGUCAUCAUAAAGAACUUGUUCACUCCCGAGGACUUUGAUAAGGAUGUUGCACUUCUUCUUGAGUACCAGCAGGACAUACGAUCUGAAUGCAGCAAAUGCGGUGACGUGAGGAAGGUCACGGUUUACGAUAGACAUCCUGAAGGUGUUGCCCAGAUAACAUUUCGUGAGCCAAGUGAAGCGCAGGCUUGCGUACAGUUGUUGAAUGGUCGGUGGUUUGGACAGAGAAAAAUUACCGCCGAUAUAUGGGACGGCAAGACCAAAUACAAAAUUGCUGAAACCGAUGCUGAAAUUGAGGCAAGACUUGACAAGUGGGAUAAGUUCUUGGAGCAAGAGGAUGAGAGGAAAGAGGCGGCAGCGAAAGCUCAAACGUGAAAACAGAAAGACUAUAGUGUCAAUCGUUAUAGAUUACGGAAUAUCAUAAGGUGAUAAGAAAACAGAAUUCUACCUCUCGUUACAGUGCAGAAACAAGAAAAUUCAUUUAGUCAAGACGCGGGUGUCAGUGAUGUAUUUCUGAUGAUGAGGUUAGUUAUUUAGCAUGUGUUCUUGUACUUGAAUGCCUUACCUGAAGUCCUGAUAUUUUCUUGGACCGACAAAAUAAAUAGUUAUUCCAUCCUCCCAAAGUAA